AUGUUUCACUGGUGGAUUUUAGAAGCAUUAGAACACAUGGCCGUGUUUCUUGUUGAUGCUGCUGCUAAAGUUGGUCAACAUGGACAUGAUGGCGCAUGUGACGAUGAUUUUUAUGAUCGUCUAUCUCGUCGUUAUUCAGUUAUUCUUCUUGUUAUAUUUACAAUUCUUGUAUCAUCAAAACAAUAUGUUGGUGAACCUAUAGCAUGUUUUUGUCCAGCACAUUUUACUGGUACACAUGUAGAAUAUACAAAUAAUAUCUGUUGGAUAUCUAAUACAUAUUUUGUUUCAUUUGAUCGUCUUUUACCAAAAUAUCCUGAUCCAAAAACUGAACAUUUCAUUUAUUUUUAUCAAUAUGUACCAUUUAUUCUUAUGAUUCAAGCAAUACUAUUCUAUGUACCAUCAAUUAUAUGGUCAACAUUAAAUUCUAAAAGUGGUUAUGAUUUAGGAAUGUUAGUAACACAAGCUCGUAUGAUAGAUACAUAUACAGCAGAUAUACGUGCAGUAUCUGUUCGACAUUUAGCACGCUAUAUUGAUCGAACACUUGAAUAUCAUAAACAAAAACGUUUGGAGUAUAUGGAUCAAUUACAAUCAAUAAAAUGUUCAUCAUUCUUUACAUUCUGUAUGUAUAAUAAUCAUAUAACAAUGCGUGAUAAUCAUUUAAUGUGGUCAUUUUUAUUUACAAAAAUUCUCUAUCUUAUCAAUGCGUUUGGACAAUUAUAUUUACUUAAUUUUUUUCUUGGAAAUAAUUAUCAUAUGUAUGGUUUUGCUGUAAUACAUGCUUUAUUUACAGGAAAUAAUGAAAAUUGGACUAUAACACCACGAUUUCCAAGAGUAACAUGGUGUAAUUUUGCUGUACGUAAUAUGGCAGAUAAUAUUCAUACAUAUACUGUUCAAUGUAGUUUACCAAUAAAUCUUUUUAAUGAAAAAAUCUUUUUACUUAUUUGGUUUUGGCUUUAUUUUACAACAUUAUUUACAUUAUUUGGUUUUAUCUAUUGGGUAGUAUCAUUUUUUUAUCCACAGUUUUAUCGAACAAAUAUUUUACAUUAUCUAUCAUCAAUGAAACGUAUAAAUAUUCAUCAUUUUCCACAAAAUCCAUUUGAAGAACAAAUGCAUCAUCAACAUCAUCAUCGACAUCAUUCACAUCAUCAUCAUUUUCGUCAUCAUCAUCAUAAUCAAAGUCAUCAUCGUGCUUAUUCAUUUGCUGCACAUCAUAUGCAAAAUGCUCAUAUGCAAAAUGCUCAUCAUCAAAAUCUUUUAUCACCAUUUGCUGGUCGAUCAAUGAAAGCUAGUUUUGACUCAAAUCGUUCAUUACGUUCACGUGAACAAAUAAGUAUUCCCAUUCCAGUAGAAAGAGACACUAUUGAAAGUCCUACUCCAUCAACAGCUGAUGAACAUUCAUCUACAGCUUCAACUCCUCAACGAUUACCAACUAAUGAACCAGAUAUAGCUCCUGUAUCGGCUGAUGAUAAUCAAUUAAUUACAAAUUUUUUAGUAGAUUAUCUUGGUCGUGAUGGAGCAUUAGUUUUAUAUAUACUUAAAAUUAAUUCAAAUGAUGUUAUAACAGGUGAAAUUGUUACAGCUCUAUUUGAAAUAUUUAAAACAACCUAUCACAUUGAUAGAACAGAAUAA